GGCGCGGGCAGGGGGGCGGCGCCGCGGCGCUGGCUCCGGCGAGCGGCACGCGGGAGCCGCCGCUCCGCAGCCCGCGGCUCGGUGCUGCGCGGCCGGGGCGCCCAGGUGCGAGCGGCGCCCCGGUGCGAGCGGCGCCCGCCGGGCAUGUGACGGGGCGGCGGAGCGAGGGGGCGCGCGGGUCCCGGCGCCGGGCUGGCCGCGGCGGCGCUGCGGGGACCUCGGGCGGGAGCGGGAAGGUCCCUCCCCGGCCAUGGAGAGCGGAGCGCUGUCGCGCGCGCAGCGAGCGCUGAUCCGAGAGAGCUGGCAGCGAGUGAGGGGCGACCCCGUGCAGCACGGCGCGGUCCUCUUCGGCAGGUUGUUUGAGCUGGACCCUGACCUGUUGCCCCUUUUCCAGUACAACUGCAAGCAGUUUGCCAGCCCUCAGGAGUGCCUCUCUGCCCCCGAGUUCCUGGAUCACAUUAGGAAGGUGAUGUUGGUGAUUGAUGCCGCUGUGAACCACUUGGAGAACUUACCGUGCCUGGAAGAAUAUCUCUGCAACCUUGGCAAGAAGCAUCAGGCUGUUGGUGUGAAGGUUGAGUCUUUCUCGACUGUUGGUGAGUCCUUGCUGUACAUGCUGGAGAACUGCCUUGGCACUGCCUUCUGCCCAGAUGUGCAGGAGGCUUGGACCAAACUCUAUGAUGCCGUGGUGAAAGCCAUGCAACGUGGCUGGGAUGCUCUCCCGGAAGGGGACUAGAUCCUGCAAGUCUUUCCCAUCCCUAAUCUCCCAGCAACCCUGCACAAGGGAAGCUCUCUCUGCCUCUCUCUCUCUGCUUUUCUCUGUGCACCAGCCUAUCUCUGUCUCUUCUAGUCAUGCGCGCUUCAAGGCUCUCUCAGUAAUUUGCCUCGGUUUGACAUGACCACAUCUCUGUCUUUGCUAAUGGCUGACAGGGUAUUUCUCUGCAGCAAAGCGUAGGAGUGACGCAGCACAGAUAUGUCAACCUGCUCCAAGUUCCCUUGGGCUAGCUGGAGCAUCAUCACCAGUGUCUAUAUUCUGGUUUUCAGCUGGCUUCCCUGUUUUUGGUACCCACCAUAGCUCAGUAGCGUAGGCCUCUUGGGCUUCUCCACACUGGAGUGUGCCCAGCUGCAGGGCUCUUAUUUGCCAUGUUCGAGAUGUGCCACAUCUGUCACAGUUCACUCCUCAGGUGCUGUUGUGCCUGGUUUUGCUGUGUAGGCGAUGGCUAAUUUGGCUCCCUGCAGAAGUAGGGACAGCUGGGCUGCAGGCGUUUUGGCCAGCAGGUAUGGUGGGAACUGGCCACGUAGUGCAGCUGUCCUCCCCUAAACUUGCAAUGUGCCUCCCCCCCGCCCCCCAUUCUUUUCACCCAAGCAUUCUCACAGCAUCACUCCUGGACGAUUAAUCCUGGUGAUCUCUUCUGCCCUGCCUCUCUCCUAGAUGGGAUCCAAGGCUUUUGCUUGCGUAAGGUUGGUCACAACUCAGUGUUUUUCCUAGGGGUGUUUCAAACAGUGGGAAUAUGUUAAUCCCAAGGUAAGCCUGCUUUUAACAGGCCUGGGAUGCUGGCUGGCAGGAUUUGUGUUGGCUUGGCCAUUUAUUUUAACCUGAGAGCCAGCUGAAAUGAAGCAGCAGUGGCACCUAUUUAAAAUGCUGUGUGUAAAGGAGAAGAGAGUGAGGUAGCUACAAGAAAAGCUGUCCUAGAAUAAAAACGAAGGUGCAACCAUUGCAGGUCUUGCUCAGAAGAAGCAUAGCUGGAAUUUCUCUGCUGAUGUUUACAGGAGUUGGAGUGUGCCCCAGCUGCACAUAAUGUGCAUUUGCAGAGCUUCCUUACCCUUAAGUAAUAACUCUCAGCCAUCCCUGAGACAUGCCCACUUUGGAGGGGAGCAAGGCACCUGAUUAGCAGUGUGCAGCAAUGCUGUUUUAGACCAGGAGUAAAGAAACACUGUCUGCCAGAUGAAAUCCAAGGCAGAGGGCCAUGGCAGAGCCUGCUUACCCAACGUGUGCGAUGCUCAUCGCAGCCUACGAUGCUCACCACGGCAACUCUCCUCUCCUACCCACUCAGCGGUGCUGGGCUCCACUUUGGGUGAGGGCUUCCUCACCCAGUGCUGUCUCCAUCAGCGGGACUGACUGCACACUGGCGUUUUCUCGGUUUUGCUCCAGACCAGUCAGGGAUACAGGGAGUGUCGCUGGGUGGAGGUGCUGGCUGCGGCACUGUCAGAGGUUCAGGAAUGGGACUGUCCCAUCUGGAGCCCUGUUCUGGAGGCAUCAGCCCUUAGCAUCACAGCGGGAGACCUUUCGGUUGUGUGUGACAAGUAGACAGAUAUGUCAUGGAUCGUGUGCGUGUGUGUGUAUUACUGCACCAAAUGAACCCCUCUUCCUCCAGCUUUCCCAGCUCCUUGACUUCCUCUCUUCUGUGCCAUGUUCUGUGUAAUUCCUAAGAGAAACAAACUAGUCUGUGUGCCUCUUACACCCAUCUAUACUAUUUAAUAAAGAACAGCAUUGAGGCUGUG